CCACGGGCAGAUUCUUCCGCGGAUUCCUGCAUCGCAACUCGGGCGUGGCCAAGGUUCCUUCACCUGCGCGCUGCGGUUCACCGGACGAUUCGUCUUCGGCUGUACCGUGCACUGCACAAGGGCUACGACACCAUGGCCGCAGUCUGGCAACCACGUUGCUCCCCGUGCUGGCCUUAGGUCAUUCUGAAAGCAGCAGGGCGGCAACAGUUGCUCCUCGUUCCCGUCGCCCCUCCUCUGGUUCUCCGCAGGGCGACCCCUUGUCGUCCAGUGGGCCAGCAUGCCUUCUUUCCAUGCACUGGUAUCAUCUGAGGAGCGGCAGGGUUGCACUGAAUCAGACGGCGCGUCCACUUCGGCGAGCACGAGGCACACCAGAGCGAAGACACUGCCAGCCAAGAUGACGGCAAUCCAGAAGAAGUCCUCCGCCAGUGCGCUUCUCCGGGCAAAGGCUGUCUCAGCGCCUCUUGGCGCGUCAGUGAAGGCACGUCUCUGCGCAGACGCGAAAGGCCACUCAGCAGAGGACCAAAAGAUGGCUGGGGGAGUUGAACCCCACACUGUGAAUCUUGCGGCGAUGGUUCAUGCUUUCAUUCAUGAUGUGGAGGCUGAGGAGGUCAAAUUACAUAGGUCAAGGAUGUGCAACCCGGAUGACGAGGCAUGCACAAGUGAUUGUGAAGGGGAUGGAGAAGGGUGCGGGUCAGGCGAGCUAGCUCAGGUCCUGAAGGGCCUCACUCACACAAUGAGUGUAGCGGAGAGAGGUCUCCUGGCCGACGUCACUGCAGCAGUCAAAGCCACGAAAGAACAGCCAAUGGAGCAUGGGGAGAGUCAAGACGAUGAAGAGUGCUCAGGGGGGUGCAUUCGCAGGGCAGUGCUCAAGGGUCUGCGGAGGCAGGGUCAUAAUGCAGCCAUGUGCAAGAGUAGAUGGGACCAUUCCAGGGGCUUUCCAGGGGGCGAUUACGAGUACAUUGACGUGACCGGGGACGCCUUCAGUUCAAAGGGAAUGGAGGGGCGGGUGAUUGUGGACGUGGACUUCAGGGCUCAGUUUGAGAUUGCGCGUCCCACACACCAAUACCAGGCGGCCAUUCAGGCAAUUCCCGCCAUCUUCGUUGGGCGCCUCGACCGGCUGGCGCAGAUUGUCGAGAUCAUGGCGGAGGCCUGCAAGCAGUCGCUCAAGAAGCGAGGCAUGCACGUUCCCCCCUGGCGCCGGCCCGAGUACCUCCGCGCCAAGUGGUUCUCCGCCUACAAGCGCUCCACGCUCUCAAGCAGUGCCAGCCUGGCGAGCCUCUCGGGGAGCUUCGACUCGGCCUCUGGUUACGCAAGCUCGUCCGACAAGGAGAACGACAACGGGGCCCUUGGGCGGCUCGGCUGGUUUGCGGUGGCGGUGCCGGUGAGUCGGGCACAACGAGGCGUAGACGUUGAGAUUGAUGGUGAGGAGAAGGUGGUUUUCAACCGGGCGAAGCGGGGGGCGAGCGCGAGGGUGCACCUAGAGGGGGGCGAGAAGGGGAGCCAGCAGGGGUCUGAACGGCAUGGGGUGAUCAAUCUGGAGUGGAAGCCUCCAGCAGUGCACGAGGGGAAGAGGCGGAUGGCGAAGUCGGUUGGGUCGGGGCUGGCUGGGGCGCUGAUGGAAGCGGGGCUCACGGGGGCGCUGAGAAAGCAAGGGGCGGUGGGGGAGGAUGCGUUUGCAGCUCAGCAGAGGCAAAGGCAGCCCAAGCUACAAAGCCUGGCGGGGAAUGCGGGGAUCAAGCAACAACAGACCAGGCCGCCGCCAAGGAUUGCCAUUGCAGCCCUGUGAGAGUGUUAGACCAUAGGACACAAAUGUGAGAGCUUAGGAACUGACUGAUAGGAGAAGAACGGGGGCCAAGUAAAGAGCCGGCCCGUUUUGGGACCAUGUUGUAUCAUGCUUGAUCGGCAGGGAAUCAGGCCAGCGGCUUGAACACAAACGAGACUCGCACUUGCAGCCGACAAUUUUCCAGAGUGGCGGCAAGCUGCCCAUAUGAGUUGGUCUGGUUAGCCCGGACGAAAUAAUUCUUUUGAUAGUCUAGGUGAGGAUGUCCGGCCGUAAGGGGGACAUCGCUGUACCAUGAACACAACCUUAACACGUCUGGAAGGAGUGGAACAAAGGUGUCCACUCCUGAGUUCUAAUCAUCAAGUUUGAUUGACAUAACAUUCUUUCUCUUUCCGACAUCCGCAAGCAGAUUGAAGCAGCUC